CGCUUUCAAAGCCCUUGACGCGGCUUUAUAUCCUCGAGCCUGGUCAUUAUCCCCAUACCGAAAGUCACACUCGACGAUUCUGUUCAGAUCGACGCAGCACGAUUUCAUACCAUGACGUAUGUGACCUUAUGGUUAACCUGCUAUCUCGCUGUCUGGUUCUUCACAUCUUCGGUAAUUGAGGCCUGGAGGGCCACACUUGAAGAUAAGAGACGUCAUUUAAUGCCUGAAAUGGCAUAUCUUGACUGGAUGGCUGAUUGCACCGACGAGACUGUCAAUGAGAUGUCAAACCAGCCUGUCGGGACUCAUCGUUGUUUUACCGCAAAUAGCGGUCGCUUCAGCUGGUCGUGACGCUACACCACAGGUGACCUGCUGAGAAGCCUCCGCGGGCCAGGUAUCCGAUGAACGAC